CACAGAGACUCCAGUUCCCGGGAAAACGAGGCGCCGCACUGUUUACCUCUGCUAGUGGAGCUCUCACGCGAGGCAGUAUCCUAUCCUGCUAAGAUGAAGGACGAAGUGCCGGUGCUGGAGUACACGGAUGUCUCUAUAGAGUCUAGAGGGUUAAUGGUACCCGUUCGCUUAAAGCUGAGUGAACAAGGCAUUAGUUACCGCAAUGUAAAGACCGGCAAAGUAGAAAACCUGAAUGCUUCCGAAAUUGAGGUGAUUAAUUGGCAGAGACUCUGUGGAAGUUAUGGAUUACGAAUUUUCACAGAAAAUGGCAGUCUGUUUCGUUUUGGAGGUUUCAAAGAAUCUGAACAGUCAAAGCUGGAGAAAUUUUUCAAGAACACGUACAGUAAGUCCAUGUCUGAGAAGGAGUUCUCUGUUAAAGGAUGGAACUAUGGAGCUGCAAAGUUUGAAGGGGCUGUAUUGUCGUUUGAUGUAGGUUCCAUUCCAGCAUUUGAAGUGCCCCUAAGUCAUGUGUCUGGCUGCACCACCGGCAAAAAUGAAGUUACUCUAGAGUUCCAUCAGCAUGAUGAUGCAGCCAUAAACUUGAUGGAGAUGCGUUUUCACAUCCCAACAUCGGAAUUAGCUGGUGAUGAUCCAGUUGAGAACUUCCAGCAGCGGGUUAUGGCCAAGGCUUCGGUUAUCACAGCAACUGGGGAUGCUCUUGCUAUCUUCCGCGAAGUCCAGUGCCUCACACCACGAGGUCGGUAUGACAUCAAAGUGUAUCCAAGCUUCAUCCAGCUGCAUGGUAAGACAUUUGAUUUCAAGAUCCCAGUAACGACAGUUUUGCGUCUGUUCCUGUUGCCUCAUCUAGAUCAACGGCAGCACUUCUUUGUUGUUUCCCUGGAUCCACCCAUCAAGCAAGGCCAAACUCGAUACCCGUAUUUAAUUUUGCUGUUCUCUGGAGAUGAAACGGACACUCUUGAACUUCCUCUUACAGAAGAAGAACUUCAGGAAAAGUAUGAAGGUCGCCUGGAAAAGGAGAUAAGUGGACCGCAGUUUGAACUUAUAAGUAAAAUGUUCAGGGGAAUAUGUAACCGUAAGAUUGUCACACCUGGAAAUUUUAUGGGACAUUCAGGCACCCCUGCUAUCAGUUGUUCUUACAAGGCAGCUGCUGGCUAUUUAUAUCCACUAGAACGAGGCCUCAUCUAUGUACACAAACCACCUGUUCACAUUAGAUUUGAUGAAAUCUCCUCUGUGAACUUUGCAAGAUCUGGUUCUACUACAAGAUCCUUUGAUUUUGAGGUUGAAGUUAAGAAUGGAGUCAUCAAUACAUUCAGCAGUAUUGAGAAAGGGGAAUACAAUCGCUUGUUUGAUUACGUCAAUCAGAAGAAAUUGAGAAUCAAGAAUAGAGGCAAAAUGGAAAUGGGAGGUAGAAAGGAUGACUUUGCUGACAGUGACGCUGAUGAACCUGAUCCUUACAUGAGACGAGUGCGUGAGGAAGCCAAAGAGCGCGAUGACGACGACGAAGAAGACUCCAGUGAAGAUGAAGAUUUUGCCCCUGGUGAAGAAGGCAGUGAUGUGGCAGAAGAAUACGACAGUUAUGCUGGUGACAGUACAGAUUCUGGUGGGGACUCUGAGGGAGGCUCUGAGGAUGGAGAGAAGAAAAAGAAAGAAAAGAAAGAAAAGAAGCAAAAAUCCAAGACUGUCUCCGAGAAGCCUCGUAAGCGCCGGCCGAAAAAGGAGAAAGAUUCCCAGAAGCCAAAGAGACCUCAGUCUGCCUACUUCAUUUGGUUGAAUGAACACAGAGAACAGAUUAAGAAAGAAAAUCCAGGCAUCUCAAUCACUGAAAUUUCCAAGGUGGCAGGACAGAAAUGGAGAGCUCUUGAAGACAAAACAGAAUGGGAAAAGAAAGCAGGAGAGGCAAAGCGAGAGUACGAACAAGCCAUGAAGGAGUAUAAAGCAUCCGGUGGAGGAGCGCCUGCAUCAAAAACACCUAGCAAGUCCCCUAAGAAGGCAGCAGUGUCGAUUUCACCAACCAAAGCCGGCUCAGGUGGGGGCUUCAAAUCUAAAGAAUUCAUUGAAGAUGACUCUAGUGAUGAUGAAAGUGACGAAGAUAAGCCGCUGAAAAAGAAAUCAAAGAAAGAAGUAAAGGAAACAAAAGGGAAGGAGGAAUCUGAGGAGGAAGAGGAGGAGGAAGAUGAGGAUGCAGAUGCCGAGUCAAGUAAUGCCUCUGAGGAGGAGCCGGGAUCAGAUUGAGUGGAUAGAACAAAUACUGUAUAACCUUUGACUGUACAAUGUGUGUGUGUCUGUGGGAGGAAAAGUUCUCUUUGGGAAAUAUAUCCAGUGAUGACUUGUGAGAGCUUGGUCCAACAGCCUGAUGAAACAAACUCUCUCAAGUCAAGCCUGGCCUCGGGCCAGACUUGGGAGUAGAACAACUCCCAGAACCCCAUCAAGCAGGUGUGUAAGCCUGGGACAAUAUAGCUUGGAUGCAUACACUCGUCUGCUGUACGGUACUACAGUAUUGUUUAGCAAUGCGAUUAUUCUUGAGAUAUUAGCAGGAUUAAACACUUUGCUCUUUAAUUCACUUCAUUUCCUUUGGGAUGUAACUGGAAUAAUGAUAUUCCCCCCCCCCCUUUUUAUGAGAACUACCCAAUGCAAGAUUGUACAGAAUACAUGAAUAGACACAAAUGUUACCAUUAUUUUGCUAUUGAGGAAGCUCAUUCUGCAACUCUUGAAAUUUUAUGAUGUACGAACAAUAAACUGUGUUACACCUUA